UCUACUCGUUCAAAUUUGAAACCAUCUAUUAUUCAAUGGUCAUCAUCGGAUGGUUUAAAUGAAUUACGAACAUCAUCUUCAGCUAGUUUCUUAGAUGAUAUUCGACGAAUGGAUCAAAGUCUUCACCGUAUCGGUACAUCAAAAUCAAAUAAAAAUGAACGAUAUAUUAAUGGACUUGAAAAUGCUAAACAUAUGAUAGAACAACGUGUAACACAAACAGUAUUAACAAAUGAUCUUGAAAAUUCAACAUUGGAUAAAAAUCAAUAUGAACUUUUUGUUUCACAUUAUGAUCAUGAAUUAAAAAUUCAAAAAGCAAGAGAAAAUGCA